UUUUUUUUUUGUGUUGUUUAGUUGUUAACGUUAUGUGAAGGCCACGCGGUGGUGUGACAUGUUUGCCCUGCCCAUCAGCCAAUAGCAAGGGGGCUUUUGAGCUUGUCCGUCUUUACACUCCUCCCACAGGAAUGCCAAUCAAGAUCAGAGGGCGGAAAUACAUCAUUGGAAAGCGCGUGCGAGUGGUAGAGCCUGGAGCUGGAAACGUCUCGUCACAGGACUGGCUCUGAACAUUCGUGGCAUAAGUUCAAUUGUCGACAUUCUUCAUGGUAGUGGUCGCACACGCCAUUCGGCUCCUUCAUUCCUAGAAAACCCCCUCAUACAUUUUGCCCCCCCCCCCAUUUUUUUCCUAACUUCAUCAAUACAAACAAUAAGGUGGAACACCUCCCCCCCCUCAUCUUGUCACACGGGUUUCAAAAAAAAAAAAGUCUCCAGUGACUCCAGUUGAUGGUUAAGCGUUGAAGAUGACUUGUGUAGAUGUGAUGUGUAAGCCCUUUGCACCAAAUUUCCCAGCAUACCCCAGGACAUCAUACUCUGGCGACUCAAUUCACUGCCAGAGUUUGUCCAAGAUGCAAGAGCCGUUGGACUUAGGCCCUCCACCGUCCACGGCCCUGUCAUUGUCAUCGCUACCUUACCCCUCUUCAUCGUCACUGACGUCAUCGCUUUUGUCGUCCUCAUCCAGGUCUUCGGUCAUAGUACCGUCCAGUUCCUCCUCCUCAACAUCAUCCGUCCCUCCUUCUUCGUUGGUUAAAGAGGAGGGCGCGAGGGACCCCGAGCCCAAAGUGGCCCACUACAUGGGCGUAAACUGUGUUCUCUUCACGUAUUUCACUGGAGACACGUCUGCCGUUGUGGAUGAUCAUUUUACGCGGGCGCUGAACCAGUCGACAGCCUACGACACUGCCAGCAACUUGUCGAGAAGCAAAGAACAUGGAAACAAAGCAUCGCUCAGACCAAUGUCGUCACGUGACCUGCCUCCAUCGUUUUGGAACAGCUCCUAUCAGCCUCAGGCCAACCAGCAUCACUUUCUGGGCCAGACCAGUCAUCAAUUCCACGGUCCACACGGAAGCAGCGUCGGAGUCAGCGGCAGCUCCAGCUCCGGUGAACUGAACCCAUUUCACGGUACCUAUCUCUCCCCUGCUCUCCACAGUUUAUCCAACUUGCAAGCUGACCCCUGGGCUUACAGUUUCCCCUCAUCGUCUUCGGGUAUGCCUUACCCACACAGACCUGUUCCAUACGACUUGGGCUACACUACGUCUAGUAGGUUCUCACAGAACUACAGUUCGUUUUUAAUGCAGCCUUCGGCGGUCCGGUCAUCGCCUUUCAGUAGUAUGACUGGACAUUGUGAUACGUCAAAGUCGUCAGAUCACAGCAGGUCAAGAUUUAGCGAUCACAGGUUUGGAGCUGACUUCGCCGCCCACCACGGCUCGUGCACAGCUAUGGACUCCGCCGCUGGACUGCAGGAGGCAACCAAGGAUUUGUAUUGGUUCUGAAACGUCACGUGAUAUUUCUUUCAGGAGGAAAACCCAUGAUUGGGCUGAUGCGUAGGAAGAGCUGGUUCUGUUCAGGAGUCUACGUUACAGUAAACGUACCCGACGCGACUGUCCUGUAGAUCAAUUGCCGUACAUCAACAUAAUGGGAACAGUGGACUUGAUCUGAAUUGAACUUUUUACAGAUCUGCCUCAUUUGUUAAAAGUCUCUACUCACAGAUCAAACCAUGGUUUCCGAACCUUGUCGCUAAUUUGCUCGUCCUAUGAACUAGAAAACUCUAAGAAAACAAUAAUAAAAUUCAUUUUAUCAUCAGGGAUAUUUAUAGACUUGGACUUGAACAUUAUUGGCUAAUUUCUGGGAAAAGCCAAAUCAUCAUUAUUUUCAGAGAUUAAAACAAAGCUACUAUUGGACACAAGUUUUAAAAGAAAAUCACUUAUUUUGUUGCUAUAUUGUUAUUUGCUAAUUUUAAUCUGUCUCGAUUGUUAUGAUUAGUAUAGUAAUAUCUGGUCUUGUUGUAUUAUCUGAUAUAGUGAUAGCUUGCCUAGUCUAGUUGUAUUAUCUUGUCUGAUAUAAAGAUAUCUCAACAGCUCUAUAGGUGCCUGAGAGUCCAAAUAUAGUUGGACUAAAAAUGUUGUUUGAUGAUCUCUAGAGACAUUUAUUGUGACUGAUGAAUUAUUCAAAUGAUAUCAACUUAAAUCUAGUGAUAUUCGGCUUACUCUAGUUUUAACCAGAUUAUUGAUAUAUGGACUAAUCUAGUGAUCGAACUAUUGAUUAUUAUUUAAACUGUUUGUUGCAGAAGUUUGUUGUGCUAGUUACUUGUUAUUUUGAUAUCCCAGGACCGGCUGAUCACAUAUCAAACAAUAGAUUGUUUUGAAAUUAUUUAUUUAGUAACUCCUAGAAGUUUUGUUUUCCGAAUGACUAAACUUAAUCAGGUAGCCAGCUAAAUAUGUUGUUGAUUUUUCAAACGUUUAUAAUUACUUAGCAGACAAACAUGGACGUACUCAGACUGUUAGAAAGUGACUGACUGGAUUUCUGACAUAUCGACCAAAUUACUACUUUGCAUACUUUUCAACUCUUGCAGCACUGAGCACUGAGUUGUGGCACUUUCUGACUGUCUUGCUACCUUGAGUGACUUAAUUGCUAGCAUUAAAAAAUGAUCUAGAACCCCCAUUUUAAGAAUGACUAAAAAUGCCUUUCGACCUUUUAGCUGACCACUGACUAUUAUUUCAGACUUAUACUCUAACUACGUGUAGAAGUGUCUGAAGUACGAGAAAAGGUAUGCUUGUAUAGAUGUUUUCCUUAAGAUGUGGAUGAGUGUAUAUGUGUAUGAAUAUAAGAGUAAGAAUUCCCUUGACAAUGGCACCCCCCACACACACACACACAUUAAGACUAGACUGUAUUACAACAUAGACUAAGAUAGCUAUGUCCAUGUUUUCUUAUUCAAGAUGUUCUUUAUGCCUGUAAAUAAGUUUAACAAUGUUUAUUCUGUGAUCAAUUUAUGUUGCAUUUUGUCUAUGUUAUGUUACAUGAAAUGCCUUAUGGUAUACAUUUGUUGCACUGUAACAUCUUGCUAUUUGUAACCGUUGCGAUUCUAAUGUGAAAUAAA